AUGGACGACACACCACGGCGACGGGCGAAGAUGCCCCAUCCACCCGUCCGUGGAUCGCCACGGGGCUGCGGGGCCAACGACCAGGUCGUGUUCGACCUGGACGGGGCUGCGGCGACGCGCGGGUCGGAGCGCGAGCAGGGCGCCCCGCCAGCCUCGAGGUGCGCGUCGCCGGGCGCCGCCGCCGGCGGGCGCCAGCCCGGCCUGCGGCGCGCAGCCUCGUCGCGGAGCUUCCACUUCCAGCUCAACUUCAGCCGCGACAACCCGGGCAAGCUGGAUGACUGCUACGAGGUCGAGAGGAGCACGCUCGGGCAGGGCAGCUUCGGCUGCGCGCGGGCGGCCCGCUGCCGCCACACGGGCAGCCUGCGCGCCGUCAAGAGCGUCAAGCUGAAGGCCGUGAGCGACCCCCGAAGGCUGAAGCUGGAGAUCAGCAUUGCCCGGCGGCUGGACCACCCUAACGUCGUGCGCCUGUUCGAGAUCUUCCGCGGCCGCGAGCACGUACACUUGGUCAUGGAGCUCUGCACUGGGGGCGAGCUGUUCGACAGGAUUGUGAACGAAGGGGUCAACGGUUUCAACGAGGGGACCGCGGCGAGGUACGUACAGCAGAUGUUGGCAUCCGUUUGCUACCUGCACGCCCAAGACGUAGCUCAUAGGGACAUAAAGCCUGAGAAUUUCCUCUUUCAAAGCGACGCGCCCGACGCAAAGCUAAAGAUCAUCGAUUUCGGGCUUGCGAAAGAGGUGGAGCCUGGAACAUCCAUGACGACUCGAGUUGGCACCCCUUACUAUGUCGCACCGGAGGUGCUCAGAGGAUCCUACACGCAAAAGUGCGACGUGUGGGGCUUCGGCGGAUUGCCUAUCUCCUGCUCUGCGGCUACGCGCCUUUCCCGGGGGAUUCCGACAACGAGAUCUUGA